CUUCUUUGAAACCGCUGCUCCUAAGAAACAAUGAUUUUUUAAUUUGUUUCCUUUUCUUGCUAGUAUUGAGGAUUCUUUUAUAACUAGAAAUCAUCAUGGAGAUCGACCCACAACAAUUACAGAUGAAGCAGGCGCAGCAGCAGGAGCAACAGGAGCGCGAGACCACCAAGAAGUCCAUCAUCGGACAGGUGUUGAGUCAGGAGGCUGCUGCCAGACUAAACACCAUCUGCCUGGCUAAGCCAGACAAGGGUAAGCAGCUGGAGGCUUUCAUCAUAAACCUUGCCACGAGCGGGCGACUAAUGGGAAAAAUGAGUGAACCUGAACUGAUCAGCAUCGUGGAGCAGCUUAACAAACAAACCUCCAAGAACACCAAAGUCAAGUUCGACAGACGGAGAGCUGCCCUGGACUCUGAUUCGGAUUGAACGGCACCACGAAUACAUGCGAGACAAUUAUUGUGAUGGAGCAUUACUCCUGUUUAUUAUGACAAUGAAUAAGGUUUAUUAUAGUUACAACUAAUAAAGCUACUAACGUUUCAUUAAAACUGCGCUGUUGGAACGAAGACGUACGACAAAGCAGCUAUUUUGUAUCAAUGCAAACAGACGUUCGAUAAGGUCUAGGGUGCAAAGAGUAUGUUACUACCAAACACCCCACCCGCACCUCGUAAUGUUGUUGCUCCCCGAAUAACUUUAAUCCUUUUUUUUCUUCUGAAUUGAGCAUUCAUCUGUGUUAUCGAUUUACACAUGGUUACGAUAGCCAUAAUAUCAAUAUUAAUCAUAAGAAUAUUUCCUCUCCACUCACGCAAUUUAACUACUGUUCUCAUUUGUGCGUCUUUUUUUUAUAAAACUUUAUCCUCCAA